AUGAUGUAUUUGGCAGACUUCCCCCCAGUCCGGGCAUGUCUCUUCGACAUGGACGGUCUCCUCCUGGACUCUGAAGACAAAUAUACCAUCUGUACGAACGCUAUCCUCGCAAAAUACGGACGCGGCACUCUCCCCUGGUCCAUCAAAGCACAAUUGCAAGGCCGUCCCGGCCCCACCUCAGGCGCCAUCCUCUGGGAAUGGGCACAGCUUCCUAUCUCCUUCGAGCAAUACCAAUCCGAACUCAUCUCUCUGCAAAAGGAGCACUUCCCCACAUGCAAACCGCUUCCUGGAGUUGAGAAAUUGCUGGGGGACUUGACUGUAGCGAGAACUGGGAAGGGGGAGAAGGUCCACAUUGCGUUGGCUACUAGUAGCACUGCUACGAACUUUAAGCUAAAGACCGCGCAUUUGGAGGAGUUGUUCUGUGUCUUUGAGGGGCAUAGGAGAGUGCUUGGGGAUGAUGAGAGGGUACCUAAAGGAAAGGGAAAGCCGGCGCCGGAUAUUUACUUGAUUGCUCUGCAGACCAUCAACGCAAGUUUGGAGCCCGGAGAGGAGGAAAUCACGCCUGAAGAGUGUUUGGUAUUUGAGGACAGUGUUCCGGGGGUGGAAGCUGGACGGAGAGCUGGUAUGAGAGUUGCAUGGGUCCCACAUCCGGAAUUGCAUAAAGAGUACGAUGGAAGGCAGGGAGAGGUGCUGGCAGGCAGGACGGGAGAGGGAGGGCCUGAAGAUAUGCAUCAGCUAGGAGAGAUUGACGAUGGGUGGGCAGAUUAUAUGCAGAGUCUAGAAGAUUUUCCAUAUGAGAAGUAUGGUAUGGUGGUUGAAUAG